GUCGGUAUGAACUUUAUGCAUUCGUCGGAAUCGGAAGAACAAUUAAUUGCUCUCAAUGAGCAGGAAAGCAAUUAUAUUUUUCUAAACGAAGAAGGGCAGGUCGAAACGCAAUGUCAUCCCUGGGGUCCUGUAUAUUGCGAUCUCUAUGGUAGCGUUUACGUUUGCAAUGGCAAGCAGGAUAAGGUCCUUGAAGUGUACGUAAAAGGAAAUCGCGACCCUAAUGUGGAAAUCUUAAACGUAAUCCGGGCCUCACUUCGCCUUCAUUACUUAAUAGCUGAUGCUGAUACGACGGCUCGUGUCGGCUUGAGCGGACUGCUUUUUAUAACCAGUGGAAAGGUAUUAGCUUCCGUUAUGCCACGAACCUUUUCGCAAACUCUGUUGCAAAAUAAGGAAGAAAUUAAUGGAUGGAACCGUAAUUUCGAAAUUUCCGCACCUGUGGUAGUUCAUGGCACAAUGUUCAGCUUUAGCGAAUUAAAUAUUAUACAUAACGAACGUUUAUAUCACGAAAAGUUUUGUACGGUUAACGCGCUCAGUAGCCAUAUAUUACGGAACCCUAACGAACAACUCAAGGGUAGUAGAUUGUUUACAAGUACCAGUGCACAUGAGAUAGAAUGCAGAGGAUAUUUCAAUGUAGUGUCUAAGCUCCAUCGCGUUGGAGCUGAAGUGGUGAAGUGAAGGAGGAAAUUGAUUUUUAAUUUCUAUUUCUGUCUUCCAAGCAACGUGGCUGAUAAUAUUAUAAAUGAAAUCUUAUACAAACUACUCUUAUUCCUCUUAAAACAAUAGAAUUUUUAACACUUAACAAAGUCAAA